UUACUGAGCAAUAUGAUGCCACCAAACACCAAUGAUAUAUCUGUACCAUCAUCUGAAGACAAUAAGAAGAUGCCACCCGUUGUAAAUCAAUCAUAUCCAAGUGCAACUGCUGUGCAGACAAAUGCUGCAGUCAAUCCCAAUUCUAAUGCAUUGGAGAAGCCUAACUUGUUGGAUUUGCUGAAAAACAGCACAAAGGCGGAUAUCUUCAAGACAAUAGGAAAUCGUAUCGUGAUUCCCAUUUGUUUAGCCAAGAAGAAUGAAGAAGAGUCGCUUCGUGUUCCAAGUUUAACUAAAGAUUCAAAGAACACAACGUUUCGUAUCGCAGUCUCCUCUUCACGGACCUCAGUUAUUAAACAAGAAUCAACAACUUCUUUCAACCAACCGCCACGUGUGACUACAGUGGGCAAAAUACAACGUUCACCGUAUAAAAUAGCACCGUCAAUGCAGCUGCACUCGAGGAGAAAUGAAACACAGAACUCGAUGCCCAUCAUACCACAGAGAGAUAGCAACGACUAUGGAGAUCUGAACAAAUUCAUGAAUUCUGUUUCAUCCGACUUAGGCAUGGGUUGUGAUGAUAAAGACAGCGUGAUCAGUUCAAACGAAUCGGGUCCCCUAGAUUCUUCUCUUGCUUCACUACCAAGCUUGCCAGGCAUGGAACAAGAAGACAAUGAUUUAACUUGUCUUUCAUGGCUGAGUGAGAACAACACGGACCUUAUACGAGCGAUAAGAAAAUGUAACCCUGAUGAUCCUGGAAUCAGCCUCAGUGGAGAUGAAAGUGAAGACAACCAGGAUUUGAACAAAUCGAUAUUCACCGCCAAAUCUCGGGUCAAUGAAAGGAGUUCCCCAGGUCGAUACAAUGCUUCGGAAUUCGAAUAUAACCCAAUGAGUAAACCUCCCUAUUCAUUCAGUUGUCUCAUAUUUAUGGCAGUUGAAGAUUCGGUUGAAAAACGCCUUCCCGUGAAGGAAAUUUAUUCUUGGGUGUGUAAGCAUUUCCCCUACUUCAAAACUGCCCCUUCUGGAUGGAAGAAUUCAAUCCGUCAUAAUUUAUCGCUUAACAGAUGCUUCAAAAAAGCGGAAAUUCCAAAUAAAAGAAAGGAAACAGUAAAAGGCUCGUUGUGGUGUAUAGACCCGGCAUAUAGACCUAACUUGGUACAAGCUUUAAAACGGAGUCCCUUUUAUCCAUAUUUGCACCCCAAUGGCAUAGGACAACCAUUGUCAUUAAACAAUCUUGCCAACCUUCUGCCAGGUGUUGAAACUGGAAGAGUGCCUUCUUGGAGUCCAAAUACACCAGCAGACUCAACAUUAUGGGCAGACCCGGACAUGGCCUCGGCAGCGCUUAAUUUAAUGGGACUUCGACGAAACGAUUCGUCGCCCACCCAGCGUCCAUCCAACAUAAGAAAUACUUUAAAGGAUAUUUUCCGUGAUGCUGAUUGGAACGCCGCUGUUGGAUAUCGGCAGAGAUUAGACAGCGAGGAAUCUGUUGGGUCGGAAACUUUGGUGAUCCGUGAUCCCUCCGAAGAUCAUUCCUACAUCCGGACUCAAUCCAAAGAUGAAGUAACCCGCUGCGUCACUCCUGAGAGCGAAAAAUCUGCUCCGGAUGCGGCGUAUGAGUUCGAGACUGAAGAUGAUGGGCUUGGGGAAGAUGAUGAUGACGUCAUCAUUGAUGACAUGAUGGUGGUUAUGGAAGAUGUCAAGGUGGAAGGGUCAGAUGAUGAGAAGAGCGAAAAUGAAGAGCCAAGUCUCUUUGAUUCUGGAUUCGGGAGCAUGAAGAGCUUCCGCCACAAGUCAGGGAAAAAGAGGAAGUCGAAAGAGGAUCUUCAAGUUGUUUCGAAGAGUCGGAAAACGUCAAAGUCUCCAGGUACGAAGUCUGGAAAAUCUCUGCAGGGGAAAUCGCGCACGAAAAAGUCAGUCAAGUCCAAGAAUAAAAAGCUAAAGGUUCGAAUUGCAAAGGAGGGAGUGAAGCAAGUCAACAAGAAGAGCACUCCUGUGAAAAGGUCCAGGAAAAUAAGUGAUGCUGACAGUGGGAAAGAUUCUCCACAAACGAAAAGUCUUCGUUUCAACCCGUCCAACUACCAUACCAGGUCAUCCGGACACAAGUUACUUGGGCAAGAUGCUGCUCUUAGCAGGAAGAGACUGAUCAGCGGAAGAGCAAGUGAUGAAGAAGAAGAAGAAAUUAAACUUGCUGCCGGAUCACUUCUCCGGCUUGCGGGGCUCUUUAGCUCUCCUAGCGGCGGUCGUUCUCUCCGAUCAAAGCCUUAAUUUUUGGGCGCGUAUUCUGUGUAAACUUUUCGGGAUUGUCUCGAAGGCUGCACACCGAACUUACAUACGUGCAGGCUAACGUUCAGGGAUCAAACAUUAAGUUACUGAAGCUGCUCCAUUACAUCCCUGCCUCCACUCAUAUUGGAAUCAUGUAGAAUUAAGAGCAAUCAUACGACGAAGCCAUGAAGGCUUAGCAACAUGUAGUUAUCCUAUGUACCGAUUCAUCACAAGUGUAUUCAUACUAACCAUAUCAUCCAUCGCGUCAAAUCAUAAUUCAGGUUACGACGCUGUCUAUAACUGUAAGCUGCUCGUACCAUGCAAAUAAUGAUGCAGUUUUGUUGUAACCCCGAAACUGCCAGCCAUAUUUUAUUUUUCGCGUAUGUUUCCAUUUUUGCUUGCCACAGCUGCAUAUUCUGUGUGUUUGAAAAUCCUGACAAACUUAGAGCUGCUCGAUCGCAAUUGUUCAUUUGAGCGAACGUACAAACGGUCGUGUCCAAUGCACGCAACUCAUUACCCCAACCGGACAAUCUUCUGUUUUGUUUUUCUUUCUUCGAGAGUUACGUGUUCGUGGUGUUAUUUAAGUCUUCCUUAUUUUGACCCUAUUUGUUCCACAAUCUACAUUUAUAGUUGUUCACACCCACAAACACUUUUGGAAAACCGAAAGAGCUAUGCAAGGCGGCCAUUGCCGUAACAGUGGUGUUUCACUCAUUCGGGUUUGCCCGACAACGAUCCUCUAGCGCCACCUCACGGAUUAUGCAGUACGGGAUUGUUUUGUUUACGUCACAGGAGUAGUCAUCUCUUUUUGCAUGCUGUUCUUGAUUUAUUUAUGCGAAUUCUCGGUUCAAUUUAAAGGCAGCUAUGAUGCUGCUACAACUGCAAGCAGAACAUUUGAUUAAAAGUUUUUUCGGACAAGUUUGA